CAAUAAAUAAUCACUAUUUAUAAACUUAGGGAGAGCCUUAGCUCCUACCGCGGCCUUCCCGCCUUUCGGCUUCUUGGCUGUGCGGUUGUUUGGGUUUUUGCCUGCACUAACUCACUUCCUCCGCUUCUUAAGAGGUCCCUAAUCCCCCUCGGCGCUGAUAGCGAUGGAUACAGACCUACAGGCAGUUUCGACUGCCUCCUUGCGCCCAGGUUGACUCCUCACUGCACUGUGAAAACCAUUAGGAAAAAGUCCUUGGGGUUAAAACCUGGGGCUCCACAGUUACCUGAACUUGGGGCUAGAAAUUAAUUUAAAUGUCGACUGAUCUGUCUGAAGCUGAACCCGUGCAUCAUAAGGCGCUUCCACUCUUAACGGGAGCUCAGCUGAUCCACACGGACAAGUUAAGUGAGAAAGUGGAAGACGACACGAUGCCAAUCCGUCGCUCGGUGAAUGCUUCUUCCCGGGAAACUCCUCCCAAAAGCAAACCUGCUGAAGGAGAAGAGGUCAAAGCAGAUGCAGAAAUCACUUCUGAGGAAUCUGCCUCUGUUGGAGAGGAACAAGAGACUGAAACCCUGCCUCCUGCAUCUAGUGAAGCAGAACAGCCAAAGGAACCUGAGAAUGAAGGGAAGGAGGAAACAAAGUCAUCAGAGGAAACCAAAAAGGACGAGAAGGAUCAGUCUAAGGAGAAGGAGAAGAAGGUGAAGAAGACCAUCCCUGCAUGGGCCACGCUCUCUGCCAGCCAGCUGGCUCGGGCACAGAAGCAGACUCAGAUGGCAGCCACCUCCCGGCCCAAAAUGGAUGCGAUUUUAACUGAGGCCAUCAAGGCCUGCUUUCAGAAGAGCGGUGCCUCGGUCGUUGCAAUACGGAAAUACAUCAUCCACAAAUACCCCUCCCUGGAGCUGGAGAGGAGGGGAUACCUCCUGAAGCAAGCACUGAAAAGGGAGCUGGAGAGAGGAAUCAUUAGGCAGGUGAAAGGAAAGGGAGCUUCUGGGAGCUUUGUGGUGGUGUCUAAUGCAGGAAAAACUGUUCCAAAAGCCAGAGACAGAAAGAAAAACACUUUGGCUCCGAGUGCAGAGCAGCAGGUGAAGCUUGAGGACGUCCUGCCGCUGGCCUUCACUCGCCUGUGUGAGCCCAAGGAAGCUUCUUACAGCCUGAUCAAGAAAUACGUGUCUCAGUAUUACCCCAAACUCAAAGUAGAUGUAAGACCCCAGCUGCUGAAGAACGCCCUGCAGAGAGCUGUAGAGAAGGGCCAGUUAGAGCAGAUCACAGGCAAGGGAGCAUCUGGGACAUUCCAGCUGAAGAAAUCAGGGGAGAAGCCCCUGCUGGGUGGGACUCUGAUGGAAGAUGCCAUCCUGUCUGCUAUUGUGGCCAUGAAUGAACCGAAGACCUGCUCCACCACAGCGCUGAAGAAGUAUAUCCUGGAAAAUUACCCAGGGACCAACUCCAACUUCCAGGUGCAUCUACUGAAGAGAACUCUGCAGAAAUGUGAGAAGAAUGGCUGGAUGGAGCAAAUUUCUGGGAAGGGCUUCAGUGGAACCUUUCAGCUUUGUUUCCCUUAUUAUCCCAGCCCAGAUGUGCUCUAUCCAGAGAAGCAGCAGGAUGAGGAUUCCGAGGAAUCUGAUGAGGAAGAAGAGGAGGAAUCUGAGGAGGAAGAAGAAUCUGAAGAGGAAGAGUCUGAGGAGGAAGAGCCACCACCAAAGAAGAGGAUGCAGAAGAGACCACCCCCCAAAUCCCGGAGCAGGGCCCCUCCGAUGAAGCGAAGAGAGUCCAAACCCAAGCCAAGGAAAACCCCUACCGCCCGCCGGGGCAAGGCAAAGCCCCCUCCCAAGGUCAAAACCCCUGCUAAGAAAGCCAAACCAGCAGCCCCAGCCAUCAAGAAAGCCUCUGGUGGCGGCUCUUCCAAGAAACCAGCAGCCAGUGGGAGGAAGGAAGUGAAACCCUCUGCCAAGGGCAAAUCCACCAUGAGGAAAUCUCUCCGGGCAAAAAAGUAAAAUGUUUCCAGUGUCAGGGAAUCCCAUGGUCAAAUCCACAAUCUUGUUUUAUAAGUCAACAUGCAUUUGUAUUUUAGUUCUGAUGCUUAAACACUUCUUUAAUUUUUUUUUUUUUCUUGAAUGAUGGGGAAAAGCUGAAAACUAAAUCAAACCAACCCGAGCAUUUGUUAGAUCCCAAUGCUGUGCCUCAUGCCUGCCCCUCCCCUGGAACGAGUCAUCUUUACUUUCUGCAAUAAUUUUAGGACUUUUCUAGGACAUUUCUUAUCUGUACAUGUAUGGUGUUCCACGUGUGUUUCCGGGGGGAGGGUUGGCUUUUAAAACAAUUCUUCAAAGAAGAUCAUUAUAUCUUUAGACAGCAGGAACAGGAUGAUGGGGGAAUGUGAUUCUUUAAUAAGAAGGCGCGGUGGCAGAGGAGUCCUCCCUAGAUCCCUGCAUGCCGAGGUCCUUGGCGUUUCCGUAAAGGAGCCAUGUACAUACAGCACUUGCACUGAGCCCCGAGGUGCUGCUUUCCUCAGCCACAGGCCUGGGGGUGGCUGCUGAGUCAGAUCCUCAGCAUCUCCUGAGGGUCUGGUACCAGAGGGGCUCCAAAAGGGGCAGCUCUCAGUUAGGCGGGUGAUUUGAAUUAGUGUUUCCACACCACAUCUGUUACUUUAAAACCAAAAUAUAUCAAAGUCUUCUUGAAUCCAACUUUCAAAUGUUUUUAAGAGAUGAAAAGCCUGAGUUUGUCACCUCUUGUUUACCCUUUUUUAAAGAGAAGUUGGAGAGCUAUAAAAUUGCUAAUGUAGAGAUGUUGAUAAGUGAAGAACAUGCGGUUUGCUAAAAUAAAAUGAAACUAGAUUCCA